AUGUUGAGUUACGUACUUACAGCCGCGCUAUGUGCGGUAGCGGCGAUCCCUGCGACUGCGAAGCUUGCGUGGGCAGAUACGAAGUACAUGAUUGUCUUCGGCGACUCAUACACGACGAACGGAUACGAUAUCAGCGCGGGCAUUGACUCGCCUGUACCUGGCUUCACAUCUUCGAACGGUCCCAAUUGGGUCGGGUUCUUGGAGAGCACGUUCAAUGUCACAGAUACGAAAGUGUUCAACUUGGCUUAUGGUGGUGCGACGAUCGACUCGGCUUUGGUCGAGCCGUACCUCCCGACGGUUUUAUCAGUCGUGGACCAGGUGUCGCAGUUCUCUGAGUUCCUCGCUUCGAAACCCGUUGGUGCAGAGUGGAGUGGCGAUGAUACCUUGUUCGCUGUAUGGAUAGGCAUCAACGAUGUGGGAAACUCAUACGCUUGGACCAACAUCACCCAGCAUGGGUUCCAGCAAACCCUCAUGGACAGGCUGUUCGGGCAGAUCGAGAUACUAUACGACGCGGGUGCUCGCAACUUCCUCUUCCUAACCGUCCCGCCAACCAACCGCGCUCCGCUCCUCAUCGAAGCCGGACAAGACGCCGUCAAGAAGAUCACCUCUUCAAUCGCGGGCUACAACGCCGCACUCAAGUCUCAUGCCGCCGCGUUCGAGAAGAAGCACGCGAAAGACAUCGGGAGUGUCACUAUCUUUGAUACGCAGCCUGUGUUCAACACACUGCUGGAUAACGCUGAGGUGUUUGGCUUUGUGAACGCUACUGGGUUCUGCGAUGCGUAUGAGAAUGGGACGCCUGCGCCGGAUACGCAGGAUGCGGGGUGCGCUCCUGUGGCAAAUUACUUCUGGCUUAAUACGUUGCACCCCUUGUUCACGGUGCACAACAUGCUUGCGCACGCACUGUCUACGGUAUUGAGCUCUUGA